AUGAUUCUCCAUCUUCUCGUGGCUGCCCUGGUGGCACAUACAGCUGUUUCACUGGACACAACAAAAACAUUGACUUCACAACUUCAUGAGUUCCAACUGAAUAAUUCUGCUGGAGUGAUGUCGGCAUUGGAUAUGUUGCCAAAGGAAUGCUCCAAAAACGGAAAAAAAUACAAGCCGGAUGAAUCCUUCGAAAUCGGAAACUUGAGAUACAAAUGUCAGAAUUACGGAGUUUAUACAAUCGAAGGAUGCAAACGAAAAGACGGAACUGAGAUGAAAUUGGGAGAGUCAGUGGUGAUUGACAAUGUGAAACAUCAGUGUCUGGGAAUGGGAUCCUCGGUUUUUUAUAAGGAAACGACUUGUGGAGUAAUGGGACAACCAGAGUGUGACAAGAUUCCAUUGCCAAAAGGGUUCGAGGGAGCAAUGAAGAGAAAUGGAGGAAAGACUGAAACACAGCAGGGCAAAACCUCGGUUGACGGCGUGAAUCUCCCAAAAGGAUGGUCAUUAGUUGACGGGGGAAAGAAGCAAAUAACUGGAACAAAUGCAUCAGUUGUCACUCAUAUUCUGAUGUUCAACCCAACACAAACAAGAGUUCGAAGAGAGGGAUUCAAGGGGAGCGGUGUUGGAAGUGUUAUUGGAGGUUUGUGA